AACAACCCAAUCUCCGUUUUUAUCUCGAUGUUUCUCUUUCCUCAGAACCGUGUCCCCCGGUCAAAAUGUCGGAACAAAUGUACUACUGGGGUGAGGAGAAGGAGACGGUGGACCCCGACCAGACCUUCAUUGAGUUCUCCGCCAAAUCUGCACCAAGUCGAGAGGUGACGGCGGCGGACAGCGGCGGUCCUGCAGGCGCCGCCGCCCCCGCUGCAGGUCCUGCUGGCCCCGGGGGCCCCGGGGGUCCCCACGAGGAGCGCCCCGGCUGGGGCCACAAGCUAGACUUCCUCUUCUCCUGCAUAUCGGUGUCUGUGGGGCUGGGCAACGUUUGGCGCUUUCCCUACCUCUGCUACAAGAACGGCGGAGGUGCCUUCCUCGUGACCUACGGCAUCGCCAUGGUAUUCUGCGGGGUGCCCAUCUUCUUCCAGGAGGUGGCCAUCGGCCAGUACCUGGGCUCCGGCGGCAUGACCCUGGUCGGCCAACUCUGCCCCAUACUCCAAGGGGUCGGCUACGCCACCAUGACGCUCGUCUUCUUUCUCGACAUCUACUACUGUAUCAUCAUUGCCUGGACGCUGUACUACCUCAUCACCACGUUCAUCGCGCUGCCCGAGCUGCCGUGGAGCAGCUGUGACAAUGAGUGGAACACCCCGCGCUGUUACGACCACCGCGCCAACGGCACCCUACACGCGGCGCUCAACGGCACGGACCACGGCAAUAGGUCCUCCCCCGUCGAGGAGUACUGGGAUCGCCGCGUCCUGCACAUCACCGACGGCAUCCACGACCUGGGCGGCAUGCAGUGGGAGCUGUUCAUGUGCCUGGCGCUGGGCUGGGUGCUCGUCUACUUCAUCAUCUACCGCGGUCUGCACCAGAGCGGCAAGAUCAUCUGGUUCACGGCGCUCUUCCCCUAUGCCAUCCUGGCCGUGCUCCUGGUGCGCUCGGUGACGCUCGAGGGCGCGUCCGACGGGCUGCUCUACUACGUGACGCCACGCUGGGAGGAGCUGCUCGGACCCGGGCCCUGGAUAGACGGGGCCACCCAGAUCUUCUUCGCCUACUCCAUCGGCAUGGGGGCGCUGCCCACGCUCGGCUCCUACAACGCCUACAACCACAACAGCUACAAGGACGCGCUCAUCACCUGCGUGGUGAACACCCUCACCAGCCUGGUGGCGGGCGUGGUCACCUUCAGCAUCCUGGGCCACGUGGCGCUGGGCAAGGGCACGUCCGUGGCCUCCGUCGUCACGUCCGGGCCGGGGCUGGUGUUCCUCACGUACCCGGAGGUGGUGCUGCGCCUGCCGGGCGCGCCCGUCUGGUCCGCCGUCUUCUUCACCAUGCUCGUCGUGCUGGGCAUCGACAGCGAGUUCUGCAUCGUGGAGGCGCUGGUGGCCGGGCUGGCCGACCAGUGGCCCGUGCUCAAGACGCACCGGAAGAAGUUCACGGCCGCCAUGUGCGGCCUCAUGUUCCUCCUCGGCCUGCCCAUGGUCACGCACGGCGGCGCGUACAUCUUCCAGCUGAUGGACUUCUACUCGGUGUCCGGCAUGUCCCUGUUGUGGGUCUGUUUCUUCCAGACCAUCGCUAUCGGCUGGAUCUUCGGCGCCAAGAACUUUAGCGCCUGCAUCAAGUCCAUGAUGGGCGUCGAGGUGAACAAGUUUUGGUACGCCUGCUGGGUCGUGUUCGCCCCCGCCGUCAUGGUGGCCAUCUUCGUCUUCUACGUCCUGCAGUACCAGCCGCUGACGUACGGCAAAGACUACAUGUACCCGAUGUGGGCGCAAGGUAUCGGCAUCGCCAUCAGCUUCUCGUCCAUGGUGUGGAUCCCCGCCUACGCCGUGUACUACAUGAUCAAGUCGAAGGGCACGUUCAAAGAGCGGUUGCUGCGCGGCCUCCGGCCCGACUUCAAGUGCAAGGCCAAGAUACCCGCCGGCCAGAAGGGCCCCGUCAUCCCCAUGUCGGAGAGCUCCGCCGGACUGCUCACCAAGAACAGCAGCUUCCUCAACCAGUAGCAGCAGCUGCUGCAGCUGCAGCAGCAACGCCGCGGGCUGCAGCCGUCGACCCAAGGACAAUAACGUGGCCGAGGCCAUGGCGGCCGUCGGGUUAAAGACACUUUACCCCCCAAGAACGGGGAGCGGGCGGAGACCAACCGCGUCAAGUGGGCGAAGACGCUGACGGACGAGCCGUCGUUUCAAGCACUAUCACGUUGCACUUCCUCUCCUUCCUCUUGCUCUAGAAGUUGAAAGAAACGUCUCGCGAAGAUAUAUAUACCCUUUAAUCCACAACCCAGCAGUUUAGUUGUGUGACGUGUAGACAGUGAAGUAGAGAUAGUGUAAAACGGUUAAAUCUCUAGUCCACUAGUGUUGCUCACUAUUUACUCGUACUGUCCUUCUUGCGCUACAGAGUACUAGAGAGAGAUACCCUUAGACAGUGUUAUAUAGGAUCCAGUCCACCGCGCCGGCCGCGGCCCUUGCCGUAAAGAUCAUAGUUGUGUUUGUUCUUUGCCCACAACACUCGCAAAACCUCUGAUUCUCGCUCUGUGUGUCAAUUGUUACGUGUGUACAUCUUGAGAUGCAGCCUGCAACUAUAGUAGGUGUAGAGAAGAAAUAAUUGUAUUUGUGUAAAUAGAAACGAAAUGAUACAGACCAAAAAUAUAAAGUGUAAAUAGAGAAA